UCAAAGUCGGGACCCAGGAUGGACCACUCUUUACGCAGGGUCCCCUCCUGACCCCACUAUGGACUGGACCGCCCUGAGAUCGGGCAGGCAGGUCCACCUGUUGUAAGAGGAGCUGCUGAGGAGGAGGAGGAGGAGGAGGAAGGUGUAGGAGUGCAGUCCUUGCGUGCUGUCAGUGCGGACUUCUUCUUCCUCCAUCAAAGUUAACGCGGGAAGAAGAAGAAGAAGAUGAUGAUGAUGACCAUGGACGGCAAGCAGCACUUGAGCCACCCCGCCGUGCACGAGAGCAUGCGCAGGGCGUGUGUGCAGACUCCAUCCCAGCAUGCCGGCUUGCAGCUGCAGGCCAAUAUAUUGGGGGGCGGCGUGGAGGAGAGCCUGCUGGCGCGGGCAGAAGCUCUGCAGGCGGCGGCUGACAGCAUCAGGAGAGACGCCUGCACCUUCCAUACCAUGAGCACCUCCAGCUCAUCUCCUUCCUCCGUCUCCUUGCACAUGCCCGCCAUCCUCACGCCCCAGAACCAUCAUCAUCAUCAUCACCACCACCACCAGCUGGAGGCCGGGGACCUCCUGGAGCACCUGUCCAGCAGCCUGGCGGUGAGCGGGAUGGGCGCCCCGGAGCCCGGCAUGGCGCACCACCACCUGCAGACCAUGGGGCAGCUCCACCAGGCCAUGGCCGCCAUGGGUCACCCUCACCCGGCCAUGCCCGCUCACGCCGACGUGGAGUCGGACCCGCGCGAGCUGGAAGCCUUCGCCGAGCGCUUCAAGCAGAGGCGCAUCAAGCUCGGCGUGACGCAAGCGGACGUGGGCUCGGCCCUGGCCGACCUCAAGAUCCCCGGCGUGGGCUCGCUGAGCCAGAGCACCAUUUGCCGGUUCGAGUCCCUGACGCUGUCGCACAACAACAUGAUCGCGCUGAAGCCGGUGCUCCACGCCUGGCUGGAGGAGGCGGAGGCGGCGCACCGGGACAGGAGCGCCAAGCACGACCUCCUCGGCGGCGGCCCGGGGGACGACGCCAGGAGGCGGCGGCGCACUUCUAUCGCCGCGCCGGAGAAGCGCUCCCUGGAGGCCUACUUCGCCAUCCAGCCCAGGCCCUCCUCGGAGAAGAUCGCCGCCAUCGCGGAGAAACUGGACUUGAAAAAAAACGUGGUCCGAGUGUGGUUCUGCAACCAGAGGCAGAAACAGAAGCGCAUGAAGUACUCGGCGGUGCACUGACAUUGAACGCAUCGCCGGCGAAACAUUUGUGAGGCAGCUCUUCUUUGUCACCGCUCAGCUUUUUGGGAGCAUCUCUUCUCUUUUUUUCGUUUGAGUGCACUUUUUUUAAAAGCAUUAAUCAGGAAUUGUUGGGACUCACGCUUGUGCUGUAACGACACUCGAUGUCACGUUCAGGGAUAUUACGUCACUUUACGUCAUUUGAUGGACGGACCAUUUCAACACAAAAACACGUUGUUUUUCCUAAGUGCAAAUGUUACUGAUGGUGGCUUUAAAAGGCUCAUUAUUAUUAUUCUUAGUUGUUGAAAUGAUACAAUUCCAACUGUGUGGAUUGUUUUCCUCACACACAUAUUUCACAAAGUUGUGUUCAUGUUGAAGGAAAAAAUGCUGCUAUCCUUUAUUAAUAUUAUAUUUAUACUGACUUGUCACUUUAUUAGGAACACCUGCACAGUCUGACACCUUUUUUUAAUAAUAAAAAAAAAAAAAAGGCUAAAUUGGGAUCAAUUUAAAAAUGUUUAUAUCAUUAUUUAAUCCAUGCUACAUUUAUUUUAAAUAUUUGCAUACGGUAUCUUAUUGGGUUGUGUAGUUGUAUGCAAUGUUGUGGCUAGAGAGAACAUCAUAUUUCCUCACCGUUUUUAAAAAUGUUGAAUUGUUAAAAUGUAAUUAAUAAAUACCUGUUUAUUUUCGAAA